AUGCAGACUCAAGCUAGGUCCUCUCCCACGGACCCAUCCGAGGUGUCGUUUCUCACUACGCUACCCCCGGAGAUUCGCAAUCAGGUGUACGGAUACCUGUUCAAACGCGAAGAUUCAGUUCUACUUCAUAAUGCGCAUGCUUUUCAUCUGCCAUGUCGGGACCUGGAGAAUUACCACAGUGGCCUACAGCAAUACUAUGACGCAUAUGAGGCUGAAAUUGGAACUGACGAAGAGUUCUGGCCUGACUUGCACCAGGGACUCGGCCUGAUGUUAUCUUGUCGCCAAGUAUAUCAGGAAGCCUCUGGGAUUAUGUACGGCGGAAACACGUUUGUCUUCUCCAGGAUUCUGACACGUCACGACUACCGCAUCGGCACGGAUCACAAGCACCAAGAAUAUCUCCAAAUCAACUACGCUGGUCAAUGGCUGACAAACAUUGGACCGCAAAUCUUCCGUCUCACGAAAGUCGUCAUUGAUGUCGACGCCAUGUGUGCGUGGUACGGAUGCCACGGUGAUUACGAGCUGAUUGAUUUGCUGCCUAUAUUACGUAUUGUAUGGGAACAUCCCGAUCUCAGCAAGCAGAUUCUCAGGGCGGCGGCCACUGACGGAGCGAUUCUACUCAACAACUUGCUUACAACUCUUGCCGUACAAGACGUCCUCGACCUCCGAAAGUAUUGCUUUUCCCGUCGCCUUAUUCAUUCGGUCAACGUUGAGUUGAGUUUGGAUCGGGUAGGACAGGGCAGAACAGUCCAAUGGAAGGCGCAGAAGAAGCGCCGCUCAUUCGAAAUUCUACCAGAAGACGUGCGAGAGCGCAUCGCAGGAUUGCUGCUGCAUAACCCAGAUGGAAUUACCAUUGACUUGACUAAGCACACUAUGCAUGGUUUCGACUCCAGUCUCUCCCAGUCAGGCUUGCUCGACGUGUACGAUCUAUCGAGACUUGCAAUGCGCUUGAACAACAUCACAUUGAAGUUGACUAGCGAUCAAGCCAUCACAGAUUUUGGAAAAUUCGAGAAGGUGAAUGAUUUCAUGAUCAUGCGUGGCGGUAAUGAAGGGUUCUAUGGAAUGGCCGAACACUUGAGAAAAUACAACACACAAACCAUCAUACUGGAGAUCGCGCCUGCAGAGGUGAUUGCUCUCUCGGCUGUCCGAGUCAACAUCAAUCAUUUGAUGUAUUAUUUAACCUAUCCGCACUUCCAUCCUGAAUCCAUCAUCCGUUUGACGCUCACUCCGCCUCCAAGUACCGGCGCACCCCAACAAAUCACUACAAUCUCGAUGAAAAAGCUACAGCGACAACUCUUUCUCCUCCUCUCCGAUAUCAUACAAGAGACAAUCGAAGAGCAUACCGAGUCCCUAAAAACGAGCACAAACUUCGCCCCAGCUCUUUCCAAUCAGAUGAAUCCUUAUUGCGACUUCUGGAUCGACGGUUACGGCAAGCUUCUCCAUGCUGUCUUUGAAGAAGACAAGACUACGGUAAACUUCAGAUAUGGCAAGCUCAGCAUGAAGGAGUUAGGAGUUCUGGGGUACAGUAGGGCUGCUGGUCUGGAAUCGAUGGUUGAAGCGUAUGUGUUAGAGAGCGAAAUGGAAGACACUGAUUUCUAUUAUCAAAAGGUUAUACUUCGUUGGGGAUGGCUGAGGUGGCAGUUAUAUGGUGAUUGGAAGGCACCAGCACCGCCGGGUAUGAGAAAGUUGGCGCCGUAA